AUCGAUACUCUUAGGUGCGGUGUGUCAUGACCUUCUUGAAAAAUCAUGGCGGCCAAGUGAGAGAAAGUCGAUUUUCCCCCCAAAACUCAUCAUCUUCUCCAAUAUACUAAAUAGCUAGACGUAUAUUUUGAGUCACAAUGUUGACUCAAAGACUCAUGCACCUCACCAUUUCCUCAAAGUCGAGUUUUAUUCCUGCAGUUUGUUGUAAUUCGGCUCGAGUUGUAGGAAAUUCACAGGCAGUCUGGGAUAGACCAUGUGUUACAAGGGCACAGCCAAUUCACACAUCUAGCCAAGUCCAUGUUCAGCAGAGGUUUGUGGUGAAACGAAAACAGAGGGAAAAGAAGCUACGAGAAGCCCAGAAAGUGAAAAUCAUCAGCCAAUUGGAGGGACUGGACCUGACUCAGUUUAAACCAGGUUGGGAGAAGAGCAAAGAGUUGCAGACAGCUGAUGACACCAUCAAACGAAUCUUCAGUCUUGAGUUUGCCAGUAGUGGUGAAAAGGUGAACUUCCUGAAACAAGACAUGAUCAGACGAGUUCAGAAGCAUCCAAACGACUACAGAUCUCUUGAAGUCCGAAUUGCACACAUGACAAUACAUCUGCGAGCUCUUCAGGAAGCCCAAGAAAGAGACAAGAAGAACACCCUGCAGAAACAGCUGAUGCUCAUCAAGCAGCAGAAACGGGACAAACUUCUCCGCCAGCUGCGGAAAACAAACUACGAGAGCUUCGAGCUGGUCUGCCGCGAGCUGGGCAUCACCCUGGACCUCAUGGACUCAGAAAGGAUUCUCAGGAAGCUGAGCAAGAAGGGACAGCUUCUCCAGGACCACCGACAGAAGAUCUUUGAAGAAAUUCGCAGGAGGAAGAAGGAGGAGGAAGAGGCAGCAGCUAUUGCUAACACUGAACAGGGGGAGGGGAACACAGCUAUGACAUCUUCAGCAGAAAAAAUACAGUAGUGACCAUUUUCUUGUCUAUAAGGCAAGCAGUCAUAAAAUAUAUUCAGCGCAGCUGUGUUUUUUUCAGUUGUUACAAAGGUGAGCCAGAAAAAUAUCUGUCAAGAAAAUUCAAGAAAUGUAUCUUGAUAGUUAAAAGACUGAUUGAAAUGAAGUAAAUAAAGUAGUGUACACAUUU